AUGGUGACUCGUAAGAUUGUGAAGUCAGCUCUCCGUGCCCAUCACAUGCCGUCCUAUUUACGCCAUGUUGAAGCCUAUGACAUGUUGAGUCAUGGAAUGAGUGACUUGGAUUUUCAUGGAUUAAGGGCCCAUAGUGCCAAAUUCCAGUACUUUAUCGAUGAUACGAACGAGUUUAUCACCAUGGCUAAGAUGCAAUUGUACGAACAAUUGGAAAUUACCUAUUCUACUGAUGAACCUAAAUUGAUUAUAUCGGGCAUGUCGUACGGCACAUUGGUGAGUCUUCACACCAUAUUGAGUGGGAAACAUGACUUUAGCGGUGUCGUACUUGUUGCUCCAGCCUUGUUGGCCGAAAUGACAAUCAUGUUAAAAGUGCAAGCGUUCUUUGCUUGGUCGUUAAGUAAACUCAUCCCGAAAGCAAGAAUCGUGCCAGGAGUUAAUCGCGACUAUGUAUGCAGAGACCAGGACUAUCUCGAUGACUUUAUGGUGGACCCGGUGACAAUCUUGAAGCCAAUAAUUGCGAGAAUGGGAGCGGAGACAUUGAAGGCUAUGAGAGCUUUGGAAGUGGACGAGAGAGUGGAAGACCAGGGCAGUGCACUGUGCAAGCUACCUGUGUUGAUGAUGAUGGGGUCGAACGAUAAAUUGACGAGUUUAACGCUAUGCCCAGGUGUUUUACGAACGACUUGCGGCGAGUGA